AUGUCGAUUGGACAACCUCAAGCAUGGAAGGCGCAAGACGUCGAAAGUGAUCGCUCAUAUAUUCUGCGCCUGACUCCCGAGGAAGUUGAAGGUUUUCAAACGGCACUUGCGUAUACAAAGAAAUACCCCAACCCUCUUCUUGAUAUGACGCAAGCCGACUACCCAGUCCCCGAUUCAUCGAAGAAGGCACUCGAAACAGCCAUCGCUGCAACCUAA